CUGAGGUUUCAGAUACAGAGUGUACCACCCUAGAGCAGCCAUCCCCAGCCAAGCGCUGUCAGGGGCUGUUUUCUGUCUGGAAGGCCAGCAGACACUGCUGUAGAAGAUGUGUGAGGAAGAGGACAGCACUGCCCUUGUUUGUGACAACGGGUCAGGGCUCUGUAAAGCCGGCUUCGCUGGAGAUGAUGCUCCAAGAGCAGUUUUCCCAUCCAUUGUGGGUCGUCCUAGGCACCAGGGUGUGAUGGUUGGUAUGGGUCAAAAAGACAGCUAUGUGGGUGAUGAGGCUCAAAGCAAGAGAGGAAUCCUGACCCUGAAAUACCCCAUUGAGCAUGGCAUCAUUACAAACUGGGACGACAUGGAGAAGAUCUGGCAUCAUUCUUUCUAUAAUGAGCUCCGGGUUGCGCCUGAAGAACACCCGACUCUGCUGACUGAAGCGCCGCUGAAUCCCAAAGCCAACCGUGAGAAAAUGACACAGAUUAUGUUUGAGACAUUCAAUGUGCCAGCCAUGUAUGUAGCUAUCCAAGCCGUUCUGUCCCUCUAUGCCUCUGGGCGUACCACAGGCAUCGUGCUUGACUCGGGGGAUGGUGUCACCCACAACGUGCCGAUCUAUGAAGGCUACGCCCUGCCACACGCCAUCAUGCGUCUGGACCUGGCUGGCCGGGACCUGACAGACUACCUCAUGAAAAUCCUGACGGAGCGCGGCUACUCCUUCGUGACCACCGCGGAGCGUGAAAUUGUCCGUGACAUCAAGGAAAAGCUCUGUUACGUGGCCCUGGACUUUGAAAAUGAGAUGGCCACUGCUGCAUCUUCCUCCUCUCUGGAAAAAAGCUAUGAGCUUCCUGAUGGUCAGGUGAUCACUAUUGGAAAUGAACGCUUUCGGUGCCCAGAGACCCUCUUCCAGCCAUCUUUCAUUGGCAUGGAGUCUGCUGGCAUUCAUGAAACCACUUACAACAGCAUCAUGAAAUGUGACAUAGACAUCAGAAAGGAUCUUUAUGCCAACAACGUGCUGUCUGGAGGCACCACAAUGUACCCCGGUAUUGCAGACAGGAUGCAGAAGGAAAUAACUGCUCUGGCUCCUAGCACCAUGAAGAUCAAGAUCAUUGCUCCUCCUGAACGCAAGUACUCAGUCUGGAUUGGAGGUUCUAUCCUUGCUUCCCUCUCCACUUUCCAGCAGAUGUGGAUCAGCAAACAGGAAUACGAUGAAGCUGGCCCAUCCAUUGUUCACCGCAAAUGCUUUUAAAUUGCUUUUUCUUUAUAUGUCUCCUUAGUGUGAAUGUAUUCAGGGAAAUGCAUUCUUAUAUAUAAUUUCAUUCCAUAAAUCCUUCAUCGUAAUUAAUCUAACUAAUUGGAUACUGUGUAUUUCUUAAAAUAAAUUUUAAAUAUGCUAUGAAAUUGCUGCUCCUAUUUAAAACAAAA